AUGGACACCUAUGAUGCCUCGCAAGAAGCCCAAUUUGCAACCAUGCUGCAAGCUGGGAUUAGGAUGCACGAGGUGGCUCAACGGAGAAAUGGCCAGCUCGUCCAUGAUCAUCCCCCCCCGGCGUUGAUCGUUUCCCAAUUUCUCGCUGCGAGAAUGGAUUUGCCUCCUGACCCUACAGAUUUCGUUGUUUCCACGACGCAACUGCCACCGCCGUAUCUCCCCUCUGAGUGCUCUGUCGAUGAGCUUCAGCCAAUUCACAUCACACAGAUGCGCCUUGGAGAGCACCACCGCGGUACCAAGGUCAUGAUUCGCAUCCUCACCCCGCCGCGUCGCAUAAAUGCAGUGUUAGCAGUUGCCGAGGACUUGGCUGGAACGGCUGUAAUUCUUCAGCUGUAUCAUCAGCCUCCGGCGGCAGUUUUCCUUCCAGAGGAAAUCAUCCAGAAGGGAAGCGUGCUCAUGAUAAAAGAACCAUUCUUUAAGUGCUCAACAGAUGGUUCUUACUCGUUGAGGGUCGACCACCUUAGCGACAUUAUUUGGCUGAAGCCGUUUGAUAGCCGCAUACCUGAUGUAUGGAGAAAGGAAUUUCCUCGGAUGAACAGUGAAGCCGUCAGGAUGCGAGGCAAUGAAUGCGUGAAGAACCGGCGCUGGGCCAAAGCAUUACACUUUUACUCCAAUGCUGUUCUUCAUGCUGCCACCCCCGAGGACGAGCAACUGGCGUCCGUCAACCGCGCUCUUGUCAACCUCAAGCUCAAUCGUCCCGAACAAUCCCUUCUUGAUGCUACCAAGACGAAGGAACGCAUUGCACCGACGGAAAAGGCAGCUUUUCGUGAAUUCCGGGCGCUUUACGAACUCCGUUUGUUCGACCGCUGUCUGGAGCGUCUCCAGCAGUUCACUGCAAACCAUCCCGACAACAAGGAGGCAAAGUCGGAGAUGAAACGCGUCAAGGCAAGACUUAAUGAGCAACUCUAUGGAGCCUAUUCAUUCUCACGCAUGUACAAGCAAGCCAAGGCGAGUUCCGCUUUGAUUGACUGUGCCACGUUUUCCGAGCCCGUCGAGGUUCGAGAAGCCCCUGGGCGAGGACGAGGACUGUUCACUGUCAAGGCAGUCCAGGCAGGUGAUCUUUUGCUUUGCGAAAAGGCGUUUGCGUACCAUCAAUGCGACCUAAGCCCUGGUCGCUGCUCCAUCCUGAUGGACCUCGAGAGCAAGCGCUGUUCUGCUGGAGGCCAGGUCGAGAUUCUCACGCAAAUCAUACAGAACCUGUAUCACAACCCGGAAUACUCGCGCUCAUUUUUGGACCUUCACCGCGGAGACUACAAGCCGGUUAGCCGAGACCAUGCAGAUGGACAUCCCAUCGUUGAUUCUUUUCUUGCAUCCAAGAUCAUGACGCUCAACUGUUUCGGGGCGCCGAGAACAACUUUUGAAGUGCUUUCCAAGUCAAUGAAGAAUGAACAGAGGCCAGAGCAGGAACACAGCGGCUUCAGCACUGCCGGCGUAUGGAUCAAGGCAUCGUAUGUGAACCAUUCUUGCAUUGGCAACUGUCGUCGCUCGUUCAUCGGUGACAUGCAAAUUGUGCGUGCGACCAGAGAUUUGGAGGCAGGCACGGAGCUCCUUUUUGCCUAUCGUGCAGCUCAAGAACUGGACUCGUACGAAGACGUUCAGAGCGGCCCUAAGUUCUGGGGGUUCACCUGCGACUGCGCGCUCUGCGAGGCAAGACGCACAACGCCCGAGCAGCAGCUGGAGAAGCGUAAAGGGUACAUAAAGAGCCUUCGGAGUAUCCUUACCACGCCAGACACGAUGUCGCUUGCCCAAGGGGCUCGACUUAUCUCCAGGGUAAAGGGGACGUACCCUGCCUCGUACCCCGCCUCGGUACCGCGUCUUGAGCUGUUUACGCCCUGCUUUUCAGUGGCAAUGGAGCAUGCAGAGCGAUGCGAUGCUGUCAAGUCCGCAGACAUGCUCCUCGAAGGGCUCAAGGCCCUUGGGUACGAGAUCACGGUUGUCUGGCCGCUUUGGACCAGAGACGCCGCCGGGCCGCUGAGUUCCCAGUUCGAGAUUAAGAAAUGGGGUCUGGCUGAUGACAGGGUGCCAUGGGCGCUUUUCAACCUGCACGCGGUCUCCGAGUUCAUCGCGCCGAAACUAUCGCAGCGCAUUCUCGAGUAUACGCAGACGGCGUACAGCAUGGUGAUUGGAGAGAAGGAGACUUUUGGCACGAUUUUUCCCACUUCCUGGAUACUACAAAGAGUGCCCGCUGGUGCAAAGGUAGAGUUGGUUUGA